GGAGUAGGCGUGGCCUUGUUUGAUCGACGUCCUCCGGCGGUUGAUUGAGGCUGCCUGUGUGGGUAAAAUGGCGGUAAGGUAAGAAGUCGCCCAAUUGAAAAUUUUGUGUUGGCAUUUCCUGGAUGACAGUGACUGCCAAUGAAAAUGGAAGACAUGUCUCUGUCUGGCCUGGAUAACAGUAAACUGGAGGCCAUCGCUCAUGAAAUUUACAAUGAUCUGCUGGAAGAUACGUGUUUGGGCUUGAGCUUUGAGGUCCAUCGUGCAGUUAAAUGCGGUUAUUUUAUGCUUGACGAAACCGAUUCUGAAAGCAUGAAGGAUUUUGAAAUAAUUGACCAGCCAGGAGUAGAUAUUUUUGGCCAGGUUUAUAACCAGUGGAAGAGCAAAGAGUGUGUAUGUCCUAACUGCAACCGCAGUAUUGCAGCCUCUCGCUUUGCCCCCCAUCUCGAGAAAUGCUUGGGAAUGGGCAGAAACAGCAGCCGUAUUGCCAAUCGAAGAAUUGCAAGCAGCAACAACAUGAACAAGUCCGAGAGUGACCAGGAAGAUAACGAUGAUGUUAAUGAUAACGAUUGGUCUUACGGCUCAGAGAAGAAAGGUUCCUUUAAACCAGCUGCAGCAAAGAAGAGAAAAUCGGAAAAGAACCCAAAUUCUCCACGAAGGUCAAAGUCCUUAAAACACAAAAAUGGAGAUCUCUCUACCAAUUCAGACCCAUCAAAGUACAAUAACAUUUCAGGAAUUAGUUAUGAGAAUCUUGGGCCUGAAGAGCUUCAUACACUUCUAACUACGCAAUGUGGUGUCAUAUCGGAGCAUACCAAGAAGAUGUGCACCAGGUCACUUCGAUGUCCCCAGCACACAGAUGACCAACGCAGAUCGGUCCGAAUUUACCUCCUUGGUUCCUCUGCCUCUCUCCCAGAGGCUGACGGCAGUACUGAUAAUGAUUUUGAUGUGGUGGAGGGUCAAACUCUGAUGAGCCGAUUGCAGUGGGAUGGAUCCUCUGAUAUUUCCCCUUCGGACUCUGCGUCCUCCAAAGCCAGUACAAAUAACUCUGACACAAGGAAGCCCAAGAAGAAGAAACCGAGUCACCUGGCCGUGGCAAGUACGGGAGGCAGCAGCAAAAAGAAAAAGCCUAAACCACCUGCUCCCCUGACCCCUGGGAUGUACAGUGAACUCAACUGAAAAGGGCCCAGGGGUAUAAAACAACAUUUAAAAAAUACAGAACUUUCUGCAUCCGUCUACAAAACGGACUAUUACCUCUCAGUAUAUUUAACCCUCGGGCAGCAAAGCUGCAAGUGGACUGCCCUCCGUGUGUAAUAAAGGACGAUCAAAAUAAUGCACUUUAGGCUAUGAGGGUUGUUCUUCUGUUGAAAGUUGAAUUCUGGAACCUCGCUAUUUCCCAAUUUGUUAGACUGUCGCAUAUUGUGAUGUCAUUUGUGGCUCUUGGGAUCAUUUAGCGACCACAGGGGAUGUGGGGAAAAAAAAGUUACAAUGGCAAAAGUGUCUCUUCGUCAGGGAAUCCUCUCCAGUGUUAGGUGGAAUUCUGCUGCUGGGUCGCAUAGUUGCAAUGUAUUUUCCUUUCACCUGGGGCCAAUCUGUGAAUUUUUAGUAGGAACUAAAUAUGCUUUGAUUAUGCUAUUCUUGUGGCGGGGGACUUGCUGAAACUUUGUUUCUGUCUGGAGCCAGGGAGCAGUGUGGCGCUUCUUCACAUGAGUAAAAAGUGUUUGCAUGUUUUAAGAAAAAAAAAAAAAAAUCACACUAAGUAUUUCAUCAGAAGAAAAUGUAAUGAAUCAUGUUUUCAGUGGGUUAAAGGGUCAAUCCCAUUGGGACGUAGGCACAUGGGCUACCAACCAGGCUAUACCUGCUUUGGCCAUAGAUGAAUAUUAACAACACAACGGGCAAUGUCUUAAGAAGCCAUCGUCAGACAUUGCAGCUUUAAUUAAAGUGCCAAUACAGAUUAGUUUACUUUACUUUUAUUUGUUAUGGAAGUAUUUUAAAAUGCACUUUGAAAUUCGGAAAAAGAAAAUGCCAGGAUUCUUUUCAGAUACCUGAGCUUGCCUAGCUCAUAUGAAAGUUUAAAAUAUCUCCCUUUAAGUUAUAGUGAAUCAAUAUACGCCACACUGUAUGCGCAUGGAGUAAUUGUUGAUUCCUGUCUGCUUUUGGUUUUAGUCAGCCUUUCAGACAGUUUCACAUUUAUUGUAAUUGAAAAGGAACGAUAAACAUUCUGGCUGGUAUCAUGAUCGUCAUGGUCGUUCCUUCCCCUUGGGUCUAAAAAAUAAAAUAUUAACCACGGCAGUUUUAUUCAAAAUCUAUUUUCAUCCCUUUUAGAGAUCUAUAUCGCUUGGUUAAAGAAAAAGUCCUUUAAGCACUUCCAGGAAUUUCUGACAUCUCCCAGAAUGCUUAAAAAGCAAUGGGGAGUCUAGUGUACUUCAAACCUGUCCUCAGGCCCCCUUACCUGCUCAAAAUUAAAUUACAUUCCUUGCUAUGCAUGAGCUGAGCAAUGGGACACCCUGUGUAACGAUAGUGACUGCUUCAAAUUCUGUGAAGUUUGGUGGGAACUUUAAAGGAAAGGUUUGAAAAAUGUACGCCUACCCCAUUCUAGCUCAGAUCAGUUCACAGAGAAUACCGAGAGGCCCAGUAUUUGAGAUUUACUUGAGUUUCUUUCCUAUGCGGGUUGCAAUAGAAGCUAUAGCUUUUUGCAGGGACAGUGGUUGCUUAAAAGCUUCUUCUGAUAGGCUGUGCAUUCCUUAGUGUAUCAGUCCCAUGGUAGAAUGGAUUGACCUAAUGACUGUGAUACAUUUUAUGAACAGUGGGCCCCUUGGAGCAAAGUUAGUUGUUUAAUCACACUAGGGUAUAAAAUGACCUGAUUGCUACCUCCAUUAAACUCCAUCAUUAAUUAUCUUUGCUCUGGUGGGCUGGGCACUGUUGUCUUUUGACAAUACUUGUUUUGCAAGUAAAUGUACAAAUUCUCCUAAUCGACUUGUCGGGUAUGAUGUAUAGAAAAAUAUCCACUCACGGUUUUUUUUUUUUGUGUUUUGUUUUGUUUUUUUCUCAAGCUGUAGUAAAAUAGAAUGUUUCAUAUACCUCUGUAAUAUAUAUAUAUAUAUAUAUGUGUGUGUGUGUAUAAUAAAAUUGUACGGCAUUAAUGGGUA